CACUGAAGAGGAGUCCAAGGUUAAUGCGCACGUGUUUAGUAACUUUAGAUCUUGCAGCACAUUCUGUUUAAUUUCACUGCACGGACACUCUCACAAGAAAAGCAUAUUAACCAGGCCUGCAGGAUGGCUCAGGCAGACAGCAAGGUGCUGGUUCUGGGAGCUUUAGCUGGAGUGGCUGGCAUCAGCUUGGCCGUGGUGUGUUACCAUGGUUUCAAGUCCAAGCGAAGAAGCUCAUGUCCAGGGUUACACCUUAACCGCACUAAUCAGCAGGGAUCUGGCUUCAUGUUGGUGGAUGGCCCUGGUGUGCCGAACGGUCAGGCUGAGGUGUUGGAGCGUCUUGAGGCUCUGCUCCAGUGUGUGUCAGAGCUGAAGGAUGAGAUGAAGGCAUUGAAGAAUGCUUUGCCAAUGCUGCAGGACCAGGUCAGGGAGGAGCUGAGAGAACGUCGAGGCAGUCCUUUACACAGGACCACACCAACACGAAGGAAAAGGCCCGCGGCCACCAUCGCCAGAGCUGACGGUCGGAGCUCAGAGGAAGCUGAAAGCGAGGGAGGGUAUAUGACUGCACUGACAGACUCAGAUGAUGAGAAGCAAAGCAGUGGAGAACAGAGUGAUGAAGAGCAGCCUGUAGAUAAAUUAUCCGUCUUCCUUGAGAGAAUUGACUGUUUGCAUCAGGGCUGUGAGUCUGACAAAAAGCAAAGUCUCAACAUCCUUCUGGAGCAACGAGAGGAGUUUGGACAGAGUUCAGAAUUUCUUUGGCGGCUAACUCGAGCUUACUGUGACAUUCAUGACAUCAGCUCCACUCUAGAGGAGAAGAAGACCCAUGCAGAAGCCGGGAAAAAUGUUGGUGAGGAGGCAGUGAGCUUGAAUCCUACAUGUGCUGAAAGUCACCAGUGGUAUGCCAUUAUGUGUGGAAUAAUGGCAGAAUAUGACACAAUACAAAACAAGAUAAAGAAUGGUUACAUCUUUAAGGAUCAUCUGGAUAAAGCCAUUGAGUUGAAGCCAGAAGACCCCAUGUCCUACUACCUGCUGGGCCGCUGGUGCUAUGCUGUUGCACAGUUGUCAUGGAUUGAGAGAAAAGUUGCCGCAACUCUAUUUGGUGACCCUCCGAGCGCCACGGUUGAAGAUGCACUAAAGAAUUUUCUCAAGGUUGAAGAGCUCCAUCCGGCUUAUUCCAAACUCAACUAUGUGUUUCUAGCUAAGUGUUAUAAAGACUUGGGGCAGAGGGAGAAAGCCAGGACAAUGUGCGAAGCAGCUUGUUCAAUGAACACCGUCUCCAAGGAGGAUGAAGAAGCACAGAAGGAGCUGGAUUUACUCUGCCCAGCACUCGGAUUCUAAAAGAGCAUCGAGCCGAAGAUCCUGUACCUCCUGUGUCUCCUGUUGGAAGUCACAUAUUUCUGCCGGAGUUGUAACAGCUUAAAACCUUCAUUUCCCUCCCGAGGCCACAAGUUUCAGAGCCAGGCAGGCUGCACAGCUCUCCCUCUCACUGAGCUGCUCGCUCAGUGUUGAUUGACCAGUAGGCGAGUAUCUGCCCCAAGACACGCCUUGAAAGGCUGCCCCCCUCAUUCACAUAAUGAGGCAGAAGAGGAGGCUGAGAAAUAAAUACGCUUGGAAAAAUAGAGGAAGAAAAUGAAAGAUUGGAAGUAAUGAGGAUGUAAAUAUAACUGAAUUAAAAAAAAAUUUAAAUGUUAAAUGAAAAAGUACAUAAAUAAUUUUGGGAAUAUGAAAAUGUAAAAGGAAACUAAUACAGAAAUAUGGUCAUAAAAGUAAAGAUAAAAAAUUUAAACUGAAAAUGACAUGGAAAAGUAAAUAAGAAUAUUAAUACAAAGUUAAAUUAAAACAGUUGAAAAUUACAAAAAAAAUAUAAAUUUGUGUAAUGUUUUAUAGGUUUUCGUAAUGGAAAAAGUGUUUUUUUUUCACAUUUUUUGUACAAUUUAUUGGCACAUCAAUUUGUUUAUUGAACCAUUUUUAUAUUUCUGUAUUUAAUUUUAAUUUUGGCAGUUUCGGUUCUCCAUAAGCAACAUGAUUGGGUAUAAAAAGAUCUUCAAGUCAGUCUUUUCUCAAGGCUAAAGCACAAUAUUAAGUUAUUUGUGGUCCUCAGACAUCACAGCAGUAAUGACAUGCAUAAGUGUUGUUUAAAUCACUGCAUGGGCUCAGAAACACUUCUGAAUAAUCCACGUCAGUAACACUUGCUGCUGCGUCACAAACGUGUAGUUCAUGAAACAAAAACUAUGAAAACAAAUAUCCAGAAUUGUUAAGCAGCUUAAAUCCUGUAGUGGGGAAAAUGGAAACUAUUAGAAAGCAGGAGUUUUACAGCGAUAGCAGCUGGUCUCUUCACUUGCAGAGUGGUGCUUAAAGUAGCCGUGAAGAACCUGCACUGGUUCCGUGUGUUGAUGCACUAACACCAAACACCCGUGUGUCUCCAGGGUUCUAAGUUUCCUUUACAACAUUGACAUAUCACUUUUUGGGAAAGUGACCCAGAAGUUCUGGUUUUUCUAGUCUCUCUCACCACACUUUCACAAAACUACAUCAGACAGUAGCACACCUCAACAUCUUGGAACACUGUGACCACUGGGUGACGUCUGGCUCCUCCCAUCAUACAAACCAGCAUUCACAUAUAGAUUUUUAAAAAAGCUAUAAUCCCACACAUGUUUCUGUGAUUUUUUUUUUCUUUAAAAAAAAAAAAAACUUUACUCAGAUCGCUGCUGCAGCUCAGUUCCUGUGGCAGUGGUGUCCAAACAAGACUAUUAGAGAGCUUUAGGUGGAUGCAAAUCACUCCACACAUUCUUAGACCUGUGGUUCGUAGAUCAUAAAACACUGUGAUCAAUUAGAGCUUUUCUAUAUUUGCCUGGUUUAAGGAGAUAAAGAACAUUAGAGACUGAAAUUAUUCAGACUUUGGGAGGCUGAUUUACAUGCAUGUUUGUUUUGAAGGAAGAUCUCCUGGGAUCAUGUGGGAAAAUUGAUCCUGUGAAUCUCUUAAAACCUUUUCAAUGUUUGGGCAUUUACACUGACUUCAGAUGUUUUCCAUUUUAUUUAGUUUUUGCUUUGUUUUUUCAUUUCCUAACAGUAUGAAGUCUAAAUUUUAUUUUAUUUUAAAUUUUUGUUUUCUGUUUUGAAGAAAACAGCAAAUAUAUGUUAAAAGAGAUUUAAAUGUCUUUAAAAGAUUAUCAUUACACUACAUAAAUAAAUAAGUAUGCUGCUGUGGGCCAAACUAAAUGUUAGCUCAGGUUAUUAUAAAAACAAAACAAAUAUAAAAAUAAGUAUAAAACAUGUUGAUUGGGCUUCAUCAGUCCAUUAGCAGGAAUACGAGGUACGGCAGAUAUGAGUGUUUGAGUGUUUUUGUGUGUGUUAAUGAAAAGGAACCUCAUGUUGUUUCUCUUCUGUUGUUCAGCCUGAUGUUAUAACCUUCAUCAUGUCACAGUUUCUUUUGCAUUCCUAAUGUCUCUCUUCAUUAUUAAAUGUAUUUUACUUUUUUUAAUCAAAAGUUAUUUAAUUUUAUGUUUUAUCUGCUAUAUAAGAAUUACAAGAAGAAUAAUUUGAAACUUCUGAUUUUUCUACCACAGUUAUGAAUGUAUAAGAAUUUUUUUAUGUUAAUAUUUCCUGGGUUUAUAUCAAAUCUGAUAGAUAUUAUACUGUGCAGUGUCAUGCUGUGUGUACUGAAUGAUUGAUGGUACUGGAGUAUGUGAUUAAACCUGAGAGAUCCUUA